AUGUCUCCCCUAAAGGCGACACCGCAACUCGAGGAAGAAGCCCCAAAUGCCAGGCCAGAACAGAAGGUGGAAGACGUAGAGAGGCAGGAUGAAGUGAACACCAAAGAACAGGGUGCAGCAACACCCACCAUGGCCAGCAAUGAGGAACAACCACUCGGGCAUACAGAUAGCAGCUCCAGCGACGCGAGACUGUCUGCUCAAGCUGGAACCGAGGGGCAUACAGAAGAUGCAAGCACAGAGGCAACAGCGCCCGAAGAUGGGCAAAAGAAAGUCAAAUCCAAACAGACUGAUGAACAGGAGGCAUCUGAUGCCACGGGAAAGCAAGAAAUGGCAGCCGCUGAGCAGACAGACGCUGAGUUGGUAGAAGAGCUCACGGCCAAGACAGAAGCUAUGGUUGCAGCCUCGACACCGCCCCCAGAACCGUCAACGACACCAGUUGCUGGCAAAGAGGACGUGCGCUCGCCCUCUCCUCCACCGCCUCCACCUAAGGACGACAAGUAUCUGUCUACCAGCAAUGCUCCUAGUCGAGCUGCCUCGCCCUUGUCGCAGGGCAUGUCGAGUGAGAGGAACUCGGAGGACAAUGCAGCUUCGAGCUAUCCACCCACAACCGAGGCAACAGAUGACUCCGUAGAAGGCUCACAGUUGGAGAUUCAGAGCAUUAUGGAGCAGUUUGAGAGCAGUGGGGGCCCCGGUGCAGACGAGAUUAUGUCACCGAGGCUCGAGUUGGCCAGCCCGCUCCUCGAAUCUGCCUCACCCGCCUUUCCACCACGGCAGUCGAGCCUCGCGCCCGUCGACAAGCCACUCCCCACCCCCAGCGAAGACGCCGCCUCGACACAAUCAAUCCAAUCCCCACCGCCGCCACGAACAUCCUCGCUCUACCGCGUGGGCACCAGCACUUCCUUUGCAGAGCCCUCCUCGCCCAGUGCACACGCCUCCAAGUACAAGCCAGCCCAACCUGCCCCAGAACCCGAGCCAGACCUGCCGUUUGACUUUCACCGCUUUCUUGAACAGCUACGUCAUCGGACUGCAGACCCCGUCGCCAAGUUCCUCCGCUCAUUCCUCUUCGAGUUUGGCAAGAAACAAUGGAUGGUCCACGAGCAAGUCAAAAUCAUCAGCGACUUUCUCGAGUUUAUUAGCAAGAAGAUGGCACAAUGUGAAGUCUGGCGAACCGUGUCGGAUGCCGAAUUUGACAAUGCACGCGAAGGCAUGGAGAAGCUCGUCAUGAACCGCCUAUACACCCAGACAUUUUCGCCAGCAAUACCACCGCCAGAGCCGUCAUCGCCGCGGAAAGGCCGGCGGAGACAAGACCCGCCAGGGCCCGGUCGACGAGGCCAACAUCAAGAAGACGUUGAGCGCGACGAGGUACUCGCUCAAAAGAUACGCAUAUACAAGUGGGUCAAUGAAUCACAUCUCGACAUCAAGCCUGUAGGAGGAAAGGGGCGCAAGUUCUUGCAUCUGGCGCAACAAGAAUUGCUCAAGAUCAAAUCCUAUCGUGCCCCUCGUGACAAGAUCAUAUGCAUCCUCAACUGCUGCAAAGUUAUCUUCGGCUACCUGCGCACUUCGAAUUCCGAUCAAUCCGCCGAUGCCUUUGUUCCACUGCUCAUAUACACAGUCUUACAAGCAAAUCCAGACCACCUCGUCUCCAACCUGCAAUACAUCCUCCGCUUUCGAAACCAGGACAAGCUCGGUGGGGAAGCAGGGUACUAUAUCUCUUCUCUCAUGGGUGCUGUACAAUUUAUUGAGGGUCUGGACCGAACAUCUUUGACGAUUAGUGACGAGGAAUUCGAGAAGAAUGUCGAAGCUGCAGUGUCAGCGAUCGCCGAACGCCACGCAAUCGAGGAAGCCUCUUCGUCCUCGGCCUCAAACCCGCCGGAAGGCAACGCAUCACUCUUGCAGCCCACCUCUCAGCCUAGACCCUCGAGUCACAAACGCAUGCCCUCGCCGCAUUACCAUCACAUUCCCGAAAAAACAACACCACUCCGUCCCGAACUCACCCAGCGGAACAGCAUGGAAGCCGAACGUGCAGGGCCCCGACGCUCCACCAGCGUCAAGGACCGAAAAUCUGAAACUGAGCCCCCAGAGGAAGAAAACGCCGCCGUUGCAGGCCUCCUUCGAACCAUACAACGACCACUUAGCACCAUCGGCCGCAUUUUCUCUGAUAACGAUACUUUCACUACCUCCAAUGCCGCUUCUUCCUCUGGGCCCGCCUCAACACCCCAGCCCGGCUCAACACCACGACACACACCACUCCCUUCCCACCCCUCGCACGAAUCCUUCCCUGGUCAAGCCGCAGUCUCGCAGGUCUCGGAGAAACAGCACCACCAACAGCAACUGCAGCAGGAGCAGGAGCACAGACCACGCAUGACAGCGGAAGAGUCCGCGGCCCGCCAGGCGAGCGCCGAGGUAGAGGAGGCGCGCCGGAUUCAUAGACAGGAGCAUAAUGUAGUUGUGGAGACGCUGGCAGGUAUGUUUCCACAGUUGGAGAGGGAGGUAAUUGAUGACGUGGUGAGGUUGAAGGAGGGACGUGUCGGACUCGCAGUGGAUGCCUGUCUUGCACUCGCGAACCCCUAA